AUGGCCGCCGUCUCGGAGCUGGAGCUGGAGGAUCCGGAGCCGCCCGAGGAGAAGAACAAUGCGGCGGCGGCGGCGCUUGCGUUGUCCCCUGCUGUCCCCUGGCUGCCGGCCGUGGCGGAGCGGUACGAGCGCCGGGAGAAGCUUGGCCAAGGCAUGUUCGGCGACGUGUACAAGGCCUGGGACCGCGUGUCGGAGCGCUUCGUCGCCGUGAAGCGGCUCUCGGGGAGGACCGACGACGACGACGACCGCUUCGUGGCGACCCCGCUCCCGUACUUCGAGCGGGAGGUCAUGUCCCUCGCGGCGUGCCGUGGCCACCCUUCCGUGGUCCAGCUCCUGGCCACGUACGCCGACGGCGACGGCGACUGCUUCGUCGUCGUCACGGAGUACGCUGGCCCCAUGAACCUGCGCGAGUACAUGGACGUCCGGCUCGUCAACGGCCAGCCGUUCGACGAGGACGAGGUGCGCGACGUCAUGGAGCAGCUCCUCGCCGGCGCGAGGCACGCGCACAUGGCGGGCGUCGUGCACAGGGACAUCGUCCCAGAGAACGUGAUGGUGGACAUGGCGAGCGGCAGGAUGGUGUACAAGAUAUGUGGCUUUGGCAUGUCGGAGCCGGCGGCCAUGCAGGCGGCGGAGAAGGACGACUCCGGGAUGGUGGCGUCCUCCAGCCCGUACCGCGCGCCGGAGCUCUUCCUUGGAUCCAAGGACUACGACAGCCGGGUCGACACAUGGUCGCUCGGCUGCAUCAUGGCUGAGCUCGUCGCCGGCAACGGCUUGCCUUUCUUCGGCGGCACGCUGGAAAAGGACAGAGACGUCUUCAACGAGAUGAUGCACGUGGUCGGCACCGAGGGCAUUGUCAAGUGGCCGGGGCUGGAGCGGGUGCCGUCGCGCGAAAAGGCGGCGAGACUUCGGAGGACGGGCUGCCGGGAGCGCGGCUGCCUGAAGAGGAAGUUGAAGGAGUUGCGGCCGGAGCAGCAGGUGCUGUCUCCGGCUGGCUUCAAGGUCUUGAAAGGGCUGCUGGACAGCAACCCGGACCGCAGGCUCACGGCGACGGCCGCGCUUAGCAAGCAAUGGUUCCGGCGGCGUGGUUGCUUGUUCGGUGCCUGCUGCUUCAUGCCUCAUGGUGGCGUUGCCCCUUAA